AUGCGAUCGGAAGCUUACCCAAUUCUGACUGCUGGAGCUGCAACAGUUAGAGUUAUUUGGGAUGCUAUUCGUGAAAAGAGGCCUAUUGUUCCUUGGCAGAAAAUUAUUUGGUUCCCUCUUCACAUUCCUAAACAUAGUUUAAUCUCUUGGAUGACUUUGCUCGAUAGACUUCCCACAAAGGAAAGACUCCACCAUAUGGGGCUGUUAAACGACUGCAAAUGUGUUUUCUGUGAUGAUCUUAUAGAAACUAGAGACCAUCUGUUCCUCCAUUGUUCUAUGGCUGAAUACAUCUGGAAAUCAGUUUUCUCACUUUCUGGUAUUCAGUUUUUUCCUUGCUCAUGGGAUUCUUUUUGGACGAGGGCAAUUAAUUCCUGGAAAGAAAAAUCCCUGCUCACUUCCAUUUUGAAGUUAGCUCUUAACACUACUAUCUACUUUCUGUGGGACGAAAGAAAUAAGAGACUGUUUCAAGGCCGAACGAAGACUGCUCCAGAACUGUUACAAACCAUUAGAAAUAUAGUAGGCCUGCACUUAAGAAAUAGGAACUUAAACAGUAAUGAUAAUAUCAAUAUUACUCUUGCUAGAAAUUGGGAUAUGUGUGCUCCUUGA